AUGGAAAUAAAUAAUACAGUCACAACUCCAAAUUUAUAUGAAAUACUCGGUUUAGCUAAACCAUCUAGUACCUUGGAGAUUAAAAAGGCUUAUAGAAAGUUAGCAUUGAAAUAUCAUCCAGAUAAAAAUCCAACUAGCUCUGAUAAAUUUAAAGAUAUUAGUUACGCAUAUGAAAUACUUGGGGAUGAACAUAAAAGAAAGGUCUAUGAUAAAUAUGGAGAAUUAGGCUUACAGAUGAUGGAUUCAGUUAUAGGCCCUUUAUUUGACCCAGAGAUUGAAUCCAAAUUACGUACUUUACUUGUCACCAUAUCCUGCUUAUUUUCUUUAAUACUUGUUUUUAUUGCCUUUUUAACGGUUCGAAUUGAUCAGAUCGUGUUAUGGUCCUGGGGGAUUGUUUGGAUUCCAGCCUGGAUGAUCAAUACUAUUUUAUAUAUUGGAUUAAUAGAGUAUUUAAGACAACAAAAGGAAGAAGAGAGAGAUGAAGAAGAUGAAGCAACUUCCAUAUUGCAAGAGACACAUCUUCCUAAAGAAGAGGUCAAUUAUAAACAAAGACAGCAUAUUGUCAAAUCGAUUGUUUAUAUGAUUCGAUUUUUGCUUGCUCUCUUAUUUCAAAUAUUGAUUGUCAUUCGUCUAGACGGACGGGUUAUGUGGUCAGGUUUUAUUGUCUUUAUUCCUUAUUUUAUAGCUGAGGGGAUUCAAUGUAUUCUAAAUGGCGUCUUAUUUGUAAAGGGAAAAGAAGAGAAGACGAUAAAGAGAAUCUUGAGUCAAUUCUGGUUGAAUAUAGUACGGUUUUGUCAAUUUCUAUUGAUCGCUUUAAGGAUAGAUGAUAGCAUUACUUGUUCAUGGUCUAUUGUCUUUAUACCUCUUUAUUUCAUAGGAUUUAAAUGGGCUUUAGAAUUGAUAUAUCAUUAUUUUAUCUAUUCUAACCUAACACAGCCAGAGAUGGUACGUCAAGGGAAAAUGAUGAUUUCUAUAGGUGGGGUUAUGUUUAUCGUCAUGAGUACCUUGUUUUAUACAUUAAUUGGAUUGAUUGCAAGAAGAUUAGAUGGUACUCUUUAUAUACAAAUGUCUCAUGUAUUUGUCCCUCUUUUUAUUGUAUUUUCAUUCUUAUUAUGUUGUUCUACUUGCUGUCUUCCUUCUUUACUUUAUAUUAUGACUAUACCUGAUAUUACUUUAACAGAAACACAACGUUAUCAUUUUAUGAUGAUGGACGGAACUAAGCGUAUCACAGCAUUAUCUCCUAUUAUCUAA